AAACUUCUUUCCCAGUCUGUUAAUCUGAAAUGUUUUAAACUGUGUUCAAAGUGUGCUCAUAAUUUUGCUCUCCACGGGGAGACUCAUUGUGUUAGGGCAAAACCUCAGACUGUCUUGCACAAUCAUAAAUAAACAACAAGUUAUUUCCCUUUCCCACCUCUGAUGGGUCUUUGCCAGCCUGACUCAUGCGCCAGGCAAUGAGCAAGAUGGAUGGAGAAGAAGAAGAAAUGUGUAAGCAAGCAUCCCCCAGCUUCGUGCUCGUUCUGUGCUUUGGUCUGAAUGUGCUGUUGCUGAGGUUCAGUUCUUCACAACUAGCAUGGUAUAGCAGCAGAAUCAUGGAAGAAGGAGAACUACCUUGGCUUUUGGUAAAUGAAGUUGGUGGCAUACGUGGGAUAUUGCAUAGCCAUGUGCCAUUCCUGAAGAAACAUUUCCACCUCAUCACCAUGAAGGAAUUUCUUGAAAAUAGAAAGGAUGUAGGCAAAAUGGUCCAAGCAAUCUAUUUGUGGUGGCACAAACCGGUCAUUGACAAAGAGCUCCUCCAGAGCCUGCCAAACUUAAAAGUGAUUGCAAAUUCAGGGGUGGGGAUGGAUCACUUGGAUCUGAAGCUUAUAGCUAGCUUUGGUGUGAAGAUGGCUAAUGCUCCACGUGCUGUUUCCAGCACCACAGCAGAUACUGGGAUGGCUUUGCUGCUAGCCUCUGCUAGAAGACUUGUGGAAGUCCAUAACAUUUCAAUUUCUCCAAGUAUGGACUACUGUGAAGCUGAUAUUCUGGGAGUUAAAGUUGCUGGAGCUACUCUGGGGAUCAUUGGCAUGGGCCGCAUUGGGUAUAAGAUUGCUGUGAGAGCCAAAGCAUUUGAAAUGAACAUUUUGUACCACAACAGGACACGGAGGAAAGUGCACGAGGAGCAAGCUGUUGGUGCUACUUACUGCAAAAAGAUAGACAGUUUGCUCCAGCAGGCAGAUUUUGUGAUGCUAGUGGUGAGCCUGACACCUCAGACACACAAGCUGAUCGGGAAAAGAGAACUGGAGCUGAUGAAACCCACAGCUACCCUCAUUAACAUCAGCCGAGGUGCAGUAGUUGACCAAGAGGCGCUGGUGGCAGCUCUGCAGACCGGUGUUAUCAGGGCCGCGGCUUUGGAUGUCACCUCCCCAGAGCCACUGCCCAGAGAUCAUGCAUUGUUAAAAUUAAAGAAUGUCAUUAUAACACCUCACCUCGGCAUUAAAACAGACAAGGCCACCUACAUGAUAACAGAGGAAGCAGUUGAAAACAUACUAGCAGCCCUGAAUGGUCUCCCCCUACCCAGUGAAGUGCUCCCUAGCUGAUGUGUGAAAGGAUAUUGCGGAUCUUUUCAUUCUUCUCUUUGUCUUUUUAUUCUUAUCUUUGCCCUGCACAUCAGCUCUAAAGAUCUUGUUAAAUAUAAGAAUGUCCAUACAUCUCACUAAAGCUUGGAAGGAAACAGUUUGCUAUCGUGUCAGUUGUGUUUUUAUAGUUUCUCUUGUCUAAUACAGGUCCAAAAGGCAAAUAAACACCCUGAGUGGCUUAUGCCUUUUGUUAUGUAGGAUGACUUUAUGAAUAGUAUUAUUUAUCCUUAAAAUUUAUAGCAAAGUUGCCAUUAAGUGCAGCCGGGAUUUUGCCUGGAGCCUUAAGCAUCUUUACAGAGCCUUUGUCUUGCAGGUAUGCUGGCCAAAAUACACUUUGUCCCAUCACUUUUGCAGCUCCAGGAAACAAGACAUUGCAGCUUUUCAGGCACAGCAAAUUGGCUGUCAAGAAUUUCAAGACUGCCCCAGGGGCCUCCCUGCUCUUUGAGAUACAGGUGCCCAGUACACAUUUUAUUGUUACAUGUAUAACCUUGAAAAAGUAAGUUAAAUUUAUUCAAAAAUAAGAGGCUAAGCAAUAAAUUACAGAGCUGAAAAACAAGGUUACUGCACAAUAAAAAAGAGGAAAAAAAAUGCCUUUUCUUAGAUCAAUAUCCCAAAACUGCAGAAAACACACAAGGCUUUCGCACAUGCAAACUUUUCUCAAGUGAAGAAGCAAACAAAAUCAGAUACAGUACUUCACACCUACUUAAACAAUUGUACAUGCUUGGUAUUUACUUGGAGUUUUACUCCUACAUCUGCAGAUGUAGGAGUGAAAAGAACCUGUGCUGAUUAGUUUCAGAAGUGCUCCCUGCCAGGGGGUGCUUUAGAAGGGAAGACACAUCUUCCUGCCAGUCACGGGAGUGAUGAGUUUAUUUACACACAAUACCUUCAAUCUCAUGGUUACUGCAAGUCGAUCCAAAAAUGCUGUGGCCACAUGAGGGGAAAGAUGAUCCAUUAUAGUUCACUCCUUUGAUUCAGGUUUUUUUAAAUAUUUUGAUGUGCAAAAAGUACAUGAUCUGGAAUAAAGUGCUGAUACAGUGGUCUAUUGGGAAAGCUGGCCUUACCUACAGCAACUAGACAGGCUGAUACCAAAUAACACUUUAUGAUAGUUUAUAGUCACUCAAAACAAAUGCAUCACUUGGUUUGGCCUUGCCUGAAGAAUUCCUGCCUCAGCUUUUUUUGCCUGCAAAAAAAUACUGCCUUAUAAAACUUAAUGUAGACGUAGGAAAUGUAUGUCUUUUUCCAGCUUCAUACUUAAGCUAUUCUGUACAACCCACCUGAGAGAUGUAUGCAUUGCAUUGUACAAAAGUCUUUUAUGGUAAUGCAACACUUCAAAGCCUAAUGCUAAGAAACGACUAUUAUGCAAGCACCUUGUUAACACUGCAGGCUUCAGCUCACCCUGAGGAUUACAUGGACACCAACAGCGAUAUUUAAUGAUGGGGAUGAAGUCCACAGACUCUGCAAUACUUCUCUCUGCAUACCCACAGACCUCACUCAUUUCAAUUCUCUGUGCAGUGCUGGUAUAUCAGAUCCCUUUUUGUAAGAGAAAACUGGCACACAGCAAUGAUGUACACACAGUGAAAUUCUGCUUAACACACUGCAUGGAGGUCUGUAAGGUAGUCUACAAACUAAAUAUACUUAGAACAUGAUAGUGCACUGCUGCAAUUGACAACUUUUUUCUCAUAGGAUGCUAAACAGAUAUAAUUUCUGUAGAGCUGUAUCAGCUCCUGACCUAUAGCUUGAAAACUGGAUGUUCAAGUUGCACAAAACAGCUUUGAGAACAUCCAAUUCUCUCCACAUCUAACCACAUAACACACUCAUUUUCUUGACAUUUGAUACGUAUGACCUGGAUUUUUGCUUGGAGUAACAUUCCUUUGUGUGUUAUUGGCUCCUCUGACUAAUUUCUCCUUCAUUUUGUUCAUUCAAAUUUGUGGAUUUGAUGUACAAAGUAAACACUACUGUGUUGCCCUCCCAAAGGUUUUUCUUUACCUUCAAGACUAAAAUGUGGUAGGCCUUCUUCCUCAGACUUGUGUCUUUGAGAGGGACUUUACAAGGGUCCUUUGAUCUCAGGUGAGCAGUAAGUUGAAAGCUUACUCAUUACAAUCUUACCACUAAAGCAGUUUGGAAACUUUUGAUGUGAAAGAAGUAAUGUGUAAUCGUUUUAUGUGUUUUUUUAAAGGAAGAAAAUGCCAGCAAACUUAACUAAGAAUACAGUUAAUGUUCUAUAACUCCUUAUUACUAGUUAAGUAAUUUUUGCUUCAAAGUUUAACUGUUUGAACUUGAAAUUAAUGUAAGCAACUGAUACUCAAAACUCGUCACCAGGAUAACAAGAACAAUUUAUGGUUUUGUGUAAUCGAUAUUGUUAUUAUAGUUUAUUUUUUUUAUUAGAAAUUUUAUAGAGGAUUGGUGUUAAACUUGACUGUCUUCAUGUUCAGCAUAUCAAAGUGUAUUUGACAGAAUUCAA